AUGGCCGAUACAGCCAUCGACAAGAAGAACUCAGCCGACUUCCAUUUGGAAAGUCUGGGAGUGGCCGUCAGGCCAGAUGAGCCCUUCAUUAUAGAUAGAGAGGUCAAAGAGAAGGCUCUCCUGCGUCGCAUCGAUCGUCGAAUGAUGCCGCUGAUGAUGUUGAUCUACGUCCUCAAUUACCUCGAUCGCAACAAUAUCGCAACAGCUCGCCUAGGUAACUUUGAAGAAGAUAUCGGCCUUGUCGGAACCCAGUAUAACACGAUCAUCUCCAUCUUCUUCGUUGGCUAUAUCUUGACUCAGGUGCCCACGAACAUGAUCCUGGACAAGGUCCGUCCCUCCAUCUUCCUGCCGGUUGUCAUGUGCUGCUGGGCUUGCGUCAGCGCAUGCUCCGGCGCUGUUCAAAGUUACCAGGGCAUGGUUGCUUUGAGGUUCUUGCUUGGAUUCGUGGAGGCUCCUUUCUUCCCUGGUGCCCUAUUUUUGUUCUCAUCUUGGUAUACCAAGACAGAGUUGGCAAAGCGGAUCUCGAUUCUCUAUGCUGCUGGUCAGAUGGCCGGCGCCUUCGGUGGUCUUCUGGGUAGCGUCAUAAUGGGCGGCAUGGAUGGCAAAGCUGGUCUUGCGGACUGGAGAUGGCUGUUCAUAAUUGAAGGCACGGCUACUAUUCCUGUUGCCAUCGCUGCCAGCCUCGUCCUGCCCGACUACCCUGCUGACACAAAGUGGCUCUCUGAUGACGAACGAAAGCUUGCCGUUCUUCGGAUCGCCGAAGAAGCCAAUGAAGAGGACGACCAUCGCGCGAAAGGUGCGUUUGCAGGCCUGAAGAUGGCCUUCACGGAUCCGGCUCUCUACUUGGUCUGGUUCAUGCAGCUUGGCCUGAACACCGCGGCAUCGUUCACGAACUUCUUCCCUACAAUUGUCCAGACACUGGGCUACCCGCAAACAGAAACCCUGCUGCUUUCUGCACCCCCUUAUGUUUUCGCCGCGAUCCUAGGUAUCGCCAACUCAUGGCACAGCGACAAGGCACGCGAGCGAUGGCUUCAUAUCCUUUGGCCCCAGGUAUUCUGCAGCGUUGGCUUCAUUAUUUCCGCCUGCACGCUGAAUGUCGCGGCACGGUACACGGCCACAUUCAUGAUGAUGUCAGUCUAUGGCUCAUUCGGCUGCAUCCUCUCGUGGGUCUCAACCACACUUCCACGCCCAUCAUCCAAGCGCGCAGUGUCCUAUGCUGUUGUCAACGCGGGCUCAAAUCUGGCGUCCAUUUAUGCCAGCUAUUUUUAUCCCAAGUCGCAAGGCCCGAGGUACUGGCAGGCCAAUGUCGCCAAUGUCGCAUUCUCAGCAGCUUGCAUGCUACUUGCAACCAUGCUGCACUUUUACCUUUCUUGGCGUAACAGGAAGCUUGAGCAAGCUGCCGCGGAGGGUACGGGCUUGCAGGGCACAGCAAGGGACGCAGAAUUGUCAAGCCUCGCUGAGAAAUGGCAGUGCAAUCCGGACUACAGAUACACUUUGUAA